UGAAUUCUAUCGGUUUCGUCAAAAUAUGAUGCUAUGCCCCUGUGAAUAUCGUGGGCGUACAAGGAAAACCCACUAAGUCCAGUUAGAUAAAAAAAAAAAGAGAUAUUCAUAUGACAAAGUCCAGUUUAAUGUGUUUCAUGACAAGGAAAAUCAUUUAAUUCGUGAUACAUGUUAUUCCUGUGAUUAUAAAUGACUGAAUUAUUACCAAGUCCAUGGAAUUCCUUCUGCUGACAUAGAAAAUACAUCAAGUGCAGUUAGUUUGUUGUUGUGGCUGACAAACAGAUUUUUUCUGGCAGUGAAAAAACACUACGUGCACUUGGUGGAUUUUCGCGGUCAAACAAUGACUUCAUUCGAUAGAGAAAGCAUGUCAAGUACAACAGCAUAAAAACUUUGUGUUUAAGAAUGGCAACCUUGGCGAAAAUAUAAUUUUAUCUUCAGAUGUUGGUGGCACAUGUCAUCUGUUAUUGUUAGAAUAGGAAGGAUAGAGAUAGUGUAAACUGUUUAUAUACUUCAUGAUGAUAAGUAAUUCUAAUUACAUUUGUGAUACAGGAUUAUUAAUAUGACGUCGAGAGCAGAGAAGUUAGUAUUGUUAGCACGUGAAGCGACAACUGUGAAACCAGAAUUACAAACACCAGAUAACAAUUUAAGAUUUUAUUACAACUUAACAUUCAAAUUAUCUAAUGUUUAUAUUAACUCACAAUUUUUGCACAAACUGUAGGUUAUUUUUUUCGAAAAACAAGUAUAACUCAAUACUGAUUUUUACAAAACAAAUUAUAUGGCUAAAGAAUGAUCCUUUGAAAUAUUUUAAGCUUGUUUAUCGUAUUUGGUUUUGUUUAUUUAUUUUGCUUGGUUUUAUGGUGAACAGUGUAAUUACACGUAAAACUUUAUUAGCAGUGUAUGUUAAUCGGAUAACCAUUAGCAUUGAUUUGCAGUUACUAUUGCAUGAGUAACUGUCCCGCAUUAAUUAUUUGUUUUGUUUUCAGUUACAAAGAGAUUACGGAGAAUUGAAAAGUUUAUUCCAUCUACUGCCAAUGAACAUGUAUACAAUCAUAGUCAAUGUCACACAGCGAUCCUGUCGUCCAGCUCAGAAUCCGACGAAAAUACUUCUACGCCUUUGGUGGAACUUCAAAACCUGGCUUUACCUGGUUAGAACAUGUUUCAGUACCGUAUAUAUUUUACAAUAUUUUCCAUCCCGUAUGAAUAUAAAAAUCAAUUUUUCUCAUAAUUUCAUUAUAUGGACUUAAAGAGUUUUCCUUGUACGCCCACGAUAUUAUCUUUGCGCCACGGACUCGGCAGCAAUGCUAGGGGGAGCAGGUUAGCAAAGAGCAAUGAAAAUGUUACACUGUAAGCGCAUGAAAACAGAAUUGCGCCUCGGACUCGGACGCAAUGCUAGGAGGUACAGAUUAGCAAAGAGCAAUAAAAAUUAUAUAGCCUACAGCUUUAUACGAUCAUUAAGUCAGUGAUGAGCGUAACUAUAUAUAUAGAACUACAUACGUACUAGGUUGUAAAGCGCAUAAAUGAUGAAUAUAACACUUUAAUCUGUGCUAUUAACCGAUAAGUUUCGGAGCUAUAAAUUAAGCAACCACAAUAGAAUAAUAUAAUAUAAAAAUUAAAAAUGGCGUAACUAUAAAAAAACAAAUCUGCCAAAAAAAACCUUUUGGGCAUUCAAUCAUAUAUAUUUUUAUACAUAAAAAAACAAAACCUAUGAACUUUUUUUUUUAAAAUAAAAUUAUAAACUUCAAAAAUACAAGCAUAUUUGAAAUAAAAGAAUAAAAGCCAGGAUUUCCUAAAAGGCAGGAAAGCGAGGCAAGGCAAGGCGCUUAUCUCUGCGCGGUAUAAAGGCACCCGCGCGCGGCGACUCGCGCCAGUCUCGCUCCCGCGGUCGCCCCGACUGGCACCUCGGCGAUAUGGCGCCCGUGUUCCGCGCGCUGUCGCUGCUGCUGGCGUGCGGCGUGCUCCACUCCGACGGCCGCCUGCUGCGCGCGCCCAAGCGGCCCCCGCCGCCCCCGCCGCCCCCGCGGGCCCCGGGCGCCCUCAGGCUCGUCGUGGACACGGACGCCGGCACCGACGACGCCGCGGCGCUGUUCCUGCUGCUGGGGCGCGCCCGGCGACGGCCGGUGCCCGCCGUCCACGUGGCGGCCAUCACGUGCGUGCAAGGCAACACCGGGGUGCGCAACGUGGUCGCCAACGUGCUCAAGGUGCUGCAGACCGCCGGCCGGCUCGACGUGCCGGUGUACGCGGGCGCCUCGCAGUCCCUGCUGGUGACGCCGCCCUCCGACAACUACUUCGGCGCGGACGGCUUCGGCGACGUGCCGUACCCCGACCCGCCCGACCCCGCGGCCCUCGUGCGCAAGUGUCACGCCGCCAACGCGCUGGUGGAGCUCGUCGACAAGUACCCAGGCGAGAUAACGGUGGUGUGCCUGGGCCCGCUCACGAACUUGGCUCUGGCCAUCAGGCUGGACCCGAUGUUCCUGACCAAGGUGCAGCGCGUCGUGGUCCUGGGAGGCAGCGCCGAGGGUGUGGGCAACAUGAAGCCAGGAGUGGAGUUCAAUUUCUACAUGGACCCGGAGGCCGACUUCAUAGUCCUCAACUCGACCGACACCACGAACAGCAAAAUCAAGCCGAUUGACCUGGUGCCGUGGGAGACGAUUAAGGAGCACUUGAACAUCACCAUGGACUGGCGGGCGAGCAAGCUGGGCGCCCUGGCCGGCGCGGCGGUGCGGCUGCUCAACGCGGCGGAGAGGAAGCAGCUCCUGGGCGGGUCGCCGGGCUCCCAGUGGCUGUCCGCCGACCCGGUGGCCAUGGCGGUCGCCCUCUACCCGGACCUGGUGAAGCUCGCGGGCCUGUACCGCGCCGACGUCGAGACGCGCGGCGUCGCGGCGCGCGGGACGCUGCUCGUCGACUACGGCGGCCUCACGGGGGCGUCCCCCAACGUGCGGCUGGUGCAGCGCGUCGACCAGGACUCCCUGCAGGAGGUCCUGCUCGAGAACCUCUCUUGACAGGCCCUCUAGAAGAUCCUGCCGGCGAUCCUUCUCUCUUGAUGUCCGUCUCGAGUGCUGGAAGACCCUCCAAUGACAUUCGUAUCGGCCUGAAGGUACUCUCCAAGGUUCCAGCAAAGUGAAAGAUUUAAAAUUUCAAAUGUAUGGUGUUUCUACAGUAUUAAAACAUUUAUAGACGAAUUUACAGUAAACAGAAUGGUGCUUGAAUAAUACAGAUCCUUCACUACAAUAACAAUGUUAUUUCCUUUGCAAAUCCACAUUUUCAGCUAUCUUUCAAGACAUGGACAAGUGGAAUUAAGUGAAGGAGCUUUCCUUGGAAGUAAAACGUUUUCGCCGAUUGAUACACACUGGAACGUGAAAUUUUUUUCAAGACUGCCAAGCUUGAUCUAACCUUGUUGAUUCGUGCAGCUAAAAAAAUAAAUUUAUAUUUUGUGACCAACUAUGUACCCUGGCUAGCUUCGUCAGCAGAGGGGGGAGGGUGACUCUCCUGCUCACUCCUUCUGAGAUACGCCGUGUGCCGGUUUAUAAACUCCCGAGGCAGAAAUAGCUCGCCUCGAGUAGCGCCGUCUGUCCGUCAAGCUGCUCUACCCUGUCUAAAUGAAGCUCGAGACGUAGCAUGUUCUAAUAUAUAUAACUGAAGCUACCAAGGUAACUGUAAACAAAUGUUUUAGUAAAAAUUAAAAAGCUAUUAUCACACAUUAAAGUUUUUUUCCGAAUUGAAGUUAAAAGAAACAUUACUAAUUAAAAUUUUAGUAGUUCGUUGAAUGGCUUAAAAGUGUUAUUGCAGACUUAAUUUUUAAUGGAUAAAACCCAUGAGUAGAGACCUGCAAAAUUCGCGGAUUCAUUCGGUGAUAGGCUAGAAUUCAAACACAUAUACCUCUUAGAUAAUUUUGCUAUUGGCUUACUGUUCAUCUUGGCGAAUAUCAACCAAUUAUAAACCCUCAAGCAAAGAAGGAUCGAAUCACAGACAAACCAGCUGAGACGACUUACAGGUCAACAACCAAUGAACUUGCGUUAUUUGCCCGAGUGUACAGGGGUAUGUGCAGUCUAUUCUGAAGGCCAUCGAAACCGCGAAUUUUGCAGGUCUCUACGAAUGAGUUAUAGCCAUUACUAAGCCGUGUAAAAUAUGGUUUUACCAACCAAAGGAGCAAGAAUGAGCUAAAAUGCUUUGAAAUGUAUCUUGUCACGUAAAAUUUUUGCGAAAUGCAGCUGGCUCUGGCCAUGACCAGAGCUAUAAACAGGCUAAAAUGCACAGUUCUAUGCAUAUUCCACCCAUAUAUGCUUUCCUACAAUCCGAUUUCUUAAUGUGGAACCUCUCCUUCCCUUGAAUGGGUCGAUGUGGUUUUGUAACUCUACUGCUAGCUGGUAGUACACUGGCACACAGUUGCAGAGGGUGGUGUCGAAAAAAAAUUUAAUCCAGUCAUCAAAGCUUUGCAAAUUUUUAAAAGUGUGCAGUCUUCCAUACGACCAAAAGAAGCCACGGGAUUUCUGGGUCUCUAAAUGCUACAGACCCGGAAAUAUAGCGGAUUAAUCAGGCGUCAGGGUAGAAUUUAAAAAAAAAAAUCAUGUAUGCUUUUCCAUUGACUGAUUUCUUAUUGAGAACUUUUUUGUUCUUGUCAAGCGGCACUACCUGAUUCGUAGGGGCCGGAAAAAUUCGCGGAUUCAUUUCGAGUUAGGAUAAAAUUAAAAUAUGUUUACCUUUAAACUAAUGUCGCUAUUCGCACACAGUUUAUAAGGAAUACUCCUGGUCAAUAAGAGACCCUCAACUAAGAAAUUAACAAGCUGAGACGUCUCACCAGUCGGCAGCCAAUGAAGAGGUGAUAUGUGCCUGUAGGUAUAUACACAGCACGGUGCAGUCUAUCCUAGAAGUAACUCACAAUGCGAAAUGUUCCGGUCUCAACUGAUUCGCUCACUUGCCUUUCUAGCUGGACAUCGUUGGCACGGCCGCAGAAUGACGUGACCAAAUAACUGCGGUUCAAUCAUGAACACAGUGCAAGAGUAUGAAGAUUUGUGUUCUAGCUUGCGACUAAAUGAAUCUGCACAAUUUCCGUGCCACUACAGAUAACUAGAGACCGGAAAAAUUCGAGGAUUCAUUUCGUGAUAGGAUGAAAUUCAAACAUAUGUAUAAUUAUGCUGGUUCUUCUAUUGGCUCGCGGUUUAACUGGAGCUCUCUGGGCCAAUGAGAUACUAUCGACCAAAGAACCGUCGAAUCACAAGCUACCCAGUGGAGACGACUCACAAUAUAGUAACCAAUGAACACGCGUGUUUACUUGAGAAGUGCAGAGGAUAAUGGAGGCUAUCCUAGAGGUCAUUUAAUCCGCGAAUUUUUACGGUCCCUACAGAUAACUAUAGGGCCAUGUACUUUUCGCCGAAAGAUCUCGAGAUCGGCAAUGAGUAGAGACCUGCAAAAUUCGCGGAUUCAUUUCGUGAUAUGCUACAAUUAAAAUAAUUAUACCUUAGCGCUGCUUCUACCAUUGGUUCACUGUUAAUCUGGAGUAAUGAGGGCCAAUUAGAGACCCUCGCUCAUAGAAGUGUUGAAUCACAGACACUCGGUCGAGACGACUUACAAGUCAGCAGCCAAUAAACAGGUGGCAUUUGCCUGAGUGUGUAGAGUGUAGUAGAGUCUAUCCUCGAGGUCAUUGAAUCCGCGAAUUUUGCAGAUCUCUAGCAAUGAGUUAAAACACUGCAGCGUCGGCUGUGUUUCUUAAUUAGUUGAGUUUAUAUCAGUUGCAAGUCUACUGUCAGCACACCAAUAACAUUCAUCCAGUGCGGAAUCAAUAACGAUCUUACUGGCCCUGCCAAACAGGUAGAGACCGGAAAAAUUCGCGUUUUCAAUUAACUUUAGGAUAGGAUGCACAGUGCUGUGUGUACACGGUCACAUGUCACCUGUUUAUUCGAUGCCAACUGGUAAGAUCACUGUGAUUCGGUAAUAUCUUAGUUGAGGGUCUCUUAUUGACCAGUAAUAUUUCCUAUAAACUGUGUGCCAAUAGCAAAAUUGGCUUAAAGAUAUGCAUAUUUGAAUUUUAUCCUAACGCGAAAAUAAUCCGCAAACUUUUCAGUCUACAAACGGGGCAAUGGCUUCUCUUGCAGACGGAAACCAACUUCAAGGUAAAAAUCACUGGCGCGAGCAUACCUUAAUGCAGUCUAAUGAGCGUUCCCAUUUUUCCGCGAUAAAUACCUGCCCCUACUAAUUAUAUAUUUAUUUGGGUUCAUGGGAAGGGUCGCGUAGCCACGCCCAGGGCUGUCAGGGGCAAAUACUAUUUUCGGGCCCCCCUCCCCAUUAUUCAAAGUACAAUUUUUCUAACCCUACAAUAAAAUAAUUUAAAGUUUUGUAAAAUUUACAGUGGCUAUAACUGUACUGUCACCUUUGUGUAAGGUUUCCAAUGAAUUAUAUUACACUGUAUUUUUUUUUGUAACUGGAACAGAAAUAUUAUAUAAAAUUACAGAUAUUUGUAAAUUUGUACAUUUACAUAAAAAAAACUGUAUCACAACAAAA